AUGUCCAUCGACGUCAACUGGGAGACAGCCACCUCUGGACCGGACGGGGAGGCUCUGGCCGAGCGCAUCCGCUCCUUUAUCCACGACAAAUUCCAGCAGGUGGCCCUCCCACGCUUCAUCCGUUCGGUACACGUCCAUUCCUUCGAUUUCGGGACAAUCCCUCCAGACCUCGAGAUAAAAGAUUUCUGUGAACCGUUUACGGACUUCUACGAAGAGGACGAUGAUGAUGAGAUAUCAGAGGUGUCAGAGGAAUUAGUGUCGGAGCAUGGCAGCAACACCACUCACGAUGACGAGAGUCAAUGGCCCGGGACGGGGCCUCCUUCGUUCCAUGACGGGAUGGCGAUGAAUAACCAGCAAUUGCGGGAUCCCUUCGAUGAACCUGGGCAUCAUUAUGAUUAUCCGUCGGCUUUGCGGUCGCCUAUUGAGCACCUCAAUUCGCAUUUCCUGCCUCGCGCCGCGGGCACACCGGGCUUACCUGUUGGGACGUCGACACUGGGUUAUCAUCUCAUGUCACUAGGUGCGUUGUCUGGGACACAAACUCCUCUAGCUGCGGUGGCAGGCGGUUCGCCAUUUGCCAAUGGCUGGUCAGACUCUGGUAUCGGGCCGGCGAGCAGAAUGCGACUGGAGAAACCGUCUCAGCAACAACAGCUAGAAGCCGAUCUUGACUCCGCUUCCCGACUAUCAACAGCCUCUCAUCCUACCGCCGCGAACAAGGAUAACCCCAACAACGGACCAGACGACCCCAUCAUCCCCAGCCCCGGUACAAGCCCUCACCUAGGCGACCCCCCUUCUGCAACCCACCAACAAAACCACCAACAACCACCACCUCAAAUCCCCCUCCGUCCACCCCCGCGUAUGCGCGAGCGGAAACCCGAAGACUUCCAAGUCCUCUGCCACGCCAAAUACGCAGGUGACGUUCGUCUAUCCCUAACCGCUGAGAUCCUCCUCGACUACCCCAUGCCCAGCUUCGUAGGGCUCCCGCUAAAACUUAACGUUACGGGCAUAACGUUCGAUGGCGUUGCGGUGAUCGCGUAUAUUCGCAAACGCGUGCAUUUCUGUUUCUUGUCUGCUGAGGAUGCGGAUGCGUUACUUGGGUCUGAAGAACAGCAGAAACAAGGGGACAGCAGUAACUCUGCUGCCAGCAAUACCAGUGCCGGCCUAGGCCUGGAUACCCAUAACACUACAUCCUCCGCGCAGAAACGGCAGGGUGGUUUGCUUCAGGAGAUUCGGGUUGAGAGUGAAAUCGGCCGCAAAGAAGAUGGGAAACAGGUUCUGAAAAAUGUUGGCAAGGUUGAGCGGUUUGUUCUUGCUCAGGUGCGCCGGAUUUUUGAGGAGGAACUUGUGUUUCCUAGUUUCUGGACGUUUCUUGUUUGA